UUUGAUCAGUGUUAUGGUAUACAUAUUAAAGUUUGGUUCCUGUAUCUGAAGAGAAACACCUUAGAACUGUGAAGACAUAUGCUUUGCACAUUAAUAUACCCACUAUGAUGUACUUGAAGUUAACAUCUGUUAACUACUUUCUUCAGGGUUUUCAUUGGCUUAACGGCAAUCUUUGCCAAUUUCCUAUUGGUCAAAAUAGGCUCCAAGUUUUACAUCAAACCAUGCUAGUCGGAAUUAGCUUUUCAACAGUAUUAGCAAAAAUGGGGGACUGAAUGAAACGGUUCAAUCUGUAGCAGAGCCAGGUGGUACAGUGUUUUAUGUUAAAGUUUUUUGUAUUUCGUACGUAUUUUUGUGAGCUCAACAAUGUCUUUGACUAACAAAAUUUUAAAACUUAUCGUGGCAAGUGGAGUUUUAUUUUUGGUUAUACAGUACUUACGAUAUUGGAUGGUAAACAAACAGUAUGUGUUCAACAAGGAAGACAUAGCUAACUUGGCUAAACAGUAUGCGGGUCAGGAUCAUGAGCAGGCGUUUGCCAAAGUGGUGGUGGAGCUUCGUAAGAAGUACCCAGGUCACAUCCUGGACGAUGAGGACCUCCAGUGGGUGUUUGUGAACGCCGGGGGCUGGAUGGGAUCCAUGUGUCUGCUCCACGCCUCUCUGACCGAGUACGUCCUGCUCUUCGGAACUGCAGUGGACACGGGUGGACACUCGGGCCGUUACUGGGCAGAGAUAUCAGACACCAUCAUCUCUGGGACGUUUAGGCAGUGGAAAGAAGGAACCACGAAAAGUGAGAUGUAUUAUCCCGGCGAUACGAUCGUGCACGCGGUGGGUGAGGCGACGUCCGUGCAGUGGAGCGCUGGCACGUGGAUGGUGGAGUACGGCCGAGGCUUCAUCCCGUCCACGCUGGGCUUCGCCCUGGCCGAUACCGCCUUCAGCACGCAGGACUUCCUGACACUCUUCUACACAGCGAGGGUCUACAUGAAGGGCUUGCUGCUGGAGGCGAACACCUUCCUCACAGAGGCUGGCAUUUUCUGACCAAACAGAUCUUAACAGUCUCUCUCUCUCUUCUCUUUUCUCUCUCUCUCUCUCUCUCUCUCUCUCUCUCUCUCUCUUCUCUUCUCUUCUCUUCUCUUCUCUUCUCUUCUCUUCUCUCUCUCUCUCUCUCUCUCUCUCUCUCUCUCUCUCUCUCUCUCUCUCUCUCUCUCUCUCUCUCUCUCUCUGUUGUCUGUGUUCUGAAUAUGUCCUACAUGGGCUAGGCUAACUGUGAAGCACUUUUGAUGACUGGUAAAAGAUGUCCUAGGCCUGCAAAGGCCAGCCAGACAGGCUGUGAUGCAAACUGAACACUUUAAUACUGACUAAUCAACCUGUCCACAGCUCCGUUCCAGUCUACAACUACAGCUACUGGUUAUUCCUUUAUUCUGUUUACAGUCUACAAGAAUGUGAUAUAAGAUCUAGAACUUGGGCAGUGUCAUGACAUGUCGUGUGCAUGCACCCUGAGAGAAUUGGAAUUGACACGCAAUCCAAGCAUACAGUGGUCUUUUUUUCCCAUGUUAUGAUUUCAGUGAAUCUCUUCGGUUUUAAUUUGAAUUUAUAAUCCAUGAUCACUUACUGGUCCAGAAAGCACUGUAUCAUUCACAGAUGCACUGCCCUAUAAAUCUGUCAGUGUAGAGUUAUGGGUGUGUCAAAAUCUAUGUUAAUGUCAUGUUUGAUACUGUAGUUGUCAUUGUUGUCAUGAACUACAAAGCUGUACUGUAAACAUGAACUCAGUCCUGCAUGCUCCCUCCACCCAGUUGGUAAUGUCUGAAAUGUUCUGUCUAAUAAAUGCAACUGCACUACA